GGCCCCCGCCCCCUGGGUGACGGGGCCCGCAGCCUAUAGGAGCGCAGCGUGGGUGUGAGAGCCGCGGCCCCGACCGUAGGCGGAGAACCGGGGAGCUCAGUCUGAACAGCGGCGACAGGAGGAGGGAGACGUCUGCAGGUAUCGGCGCCGUCUGUGUGACUUCGGACCCUCCCCGGAGAUGUCCACCUCCAGCUACUGGGUGUCGGAGAAUGGCAGCUCCUCGGACAAGGACAGCGUCUUCUAUGAGCGCGUGAGAAACUACAGUCCCAUCACCAAGACCGUCCAAGUGCUGGACAACCCCAUGUCCCCGGGCCCCGCAGGGCAGUCAGUGUUUUGGGCCCCUGAGCAGCAGGUUCAUCAUGUUCAGCAGAGGCAGGAGGUGCAGUCCCCCGGCCCCUACUCACAUGAAACCAUCAGAAGAUACGUAGUGCAGAGCCCGGAGCAGGUGCAGGAGAUACAGGCCCCGUACACGCAGGGAACAAUACGGCGUUACAUCGUGCAGAACCCUGAAAUGGAAAUGCAGUCGUAUCCUCAGGAGACUGUGCGCCGAUACAUAGUGCAGAAUCAGGAGCAGGAAAUGCAGUCGUAUCCUCAGGAGACUGUGCGCCGAUACAUAGUGCAGAAUCCGGAGCAGAGUUAUAUGAAAGGGGUGAAUUACUUGCCGUCCAAUAACGUCAUCUAUGAGAAGACCAUCCGCAGAGUAGAGGUGGGGAAUCCUGAGGAUUGUCAGACCCAGAUAAGAGGGACGAGCGUCUCUUCAGUUACCGACCAAGUGAUUGAACAGAGCAACCAGAGGAAGGUCUCCGUCCAGUCCUCCGAGGACCUGAUAUCUGAGAAGAACUAUCAGCAGAAGGUGACGGUGCAGAACAUCGAACAGCAGCGCAGCAGCGUCAGUUCCGGCCCGGAGCAGCUGGACGCCCGUUAUUUUGGUGAACUGUUGGCAGAGCUCAGCAGGAAGAACAAUGAUCUGUACGGCUGUUUGUUGCAGCACGUGGAGAAGAUUGGCGCCAGGAAGCCGUCGGACUCUGAAUAUCAGUCGGAGGAUAUUGAAUCGCUGAUCCCUAGAGGAGUCUCUGAACUCACCAAGCAGCAGAUCCGCUACCUUCUCCAGAUGCGGCAGACUUCAGAUAAGUCGAUGAGGCUGGUGCUAUCUACCUUCUCCAGCCUGCGGGAAGAUCUGGGGCAUUUACAGAGUGAUAUGAAUAAAUUAGAACUAGAUAAGAAAAGCCUGGAGAAGGACUUGACCUUCAAGGACGAGCAGAUCAAGGAGUACGAGACCAUUUUAGCUUCUCUACGGGAAAAGAAUCGCCAGCAGCAGCAAGAACUAAAACAAGGUCAGAUAAAGUUGCACAACUUGGAGGAAGUCAUCCUGUCCUUGCGCGGUGCGGAGAGUGACAAGGAUUAUCGCUUAAAGGAGCUGGAAUACGCCAAGAACGCGUUGCAGCAGGAGAACAGGAACCUCCGUGUACAGGUCACUGAAACGGUCUCCAGCCCCCUGCUCCAGACCAAGACGGAUGAGAUCACCAGACACUACAAGGAGAUGAUUGACAGCCUCCGAGAUGAGAAGGACAAGGAGAUCCGCACUUUACGGUCCCAGGUCUCCAAGUUCCAGCACGAUGUGAUGACUCGGGAAGGAAGCAGCAGCGAUUUACAGAUCCGGCUGCAGGAGCUGACGUCCUUCCUGGAGGAGAGAGACUCCCUCAUUAGGAGGCAGCAAGAGGAGCUUUUUAGAUUGCGCCAACAGAGGGACUCCAGCAGCGUCACCCAGGAGGUCAUCACAAGAAAGUACAGCAAUAAUUACCCCAUCCUCCGGCUGCUCACUGACUAUAAGGACAAGAGUCCAACAACGGGAACACAGACCAUCGUCAUAGAGCGGCGACAAACGUCCAAACACGACUGAAGACGCAGCUGCUGACGGGUCUCAUCUGGGGGUGACGUCCUAUCAGCCUCAGGCCUCGCACACACGCAGACGACGGAAGGUUCCCUGUCUGAAUCAGAUUUGGAGUUUGGGGUCUUUCUAUAAAAAAAAUAAUAAUAAUAGCUUAAAUGAGGCGUAAUAUAUGGCAGCCCCGUCCACUUUGACAUUCAAAAAACCUUUUCUGGCGCGUUUCAUUUCUUUUGAUGAAACUUUGAACGUUUUAAUAUAUGUAUAUUUGGUGCAAAUCAAAACACCAUUAUUUUUGGCGCACUUUACAACAGGAUUAGUAAUGAUCCCCCAUUGUGUACGCUGCUGUAUUACAUAUCAGAAUAGAUAUAGAUUAGUGGGGUUAAUCCCGAAUUUCACCCCCACAGAGAUACCUGUGGAGGUCCAGGCAGGCGAGUUGUACGUUGCUGUGUGCAGGGCCCCCACUGCCUGUACCCGGCGGUCACUGCGAUACGUCUUUCUCCAUUCGCUGUUACUUUGUAACGGAAAUAACUUGUUUCCUAAUGCAGCCCCUCACAGGGGCGAGGACCCUGCACGCAGCAUCCCGUAUCUUGGCUUCCUGGAUUUCAUACGGUAUGAUGGUGGGGGCGUCUGUGUGUGCGAGGCAUGACGCCGGACUGGAACUCAUCCGACCCAUGGAUGUCUCUGUAACGCUACUUACCCCCGGAGCCUGUGCGGAGAUCCCACCAGAGGCGGCAGACGCUCCAUGUCUUAUAUGGUGGGGGGUGGACUUAUUACUGUGGUUUACAUGAAAUGCUAAUAUCUGUAGGGGUUGUUCAUGGAAUUGAUUUGCUGGGUUAUUUUAUAGGGGAAAAAACAUUCAGGAAUAAAAAUGCUAUUUUUUUAAAGGGUUAAAACUGAAGGCCAUAAAUUGUCCGUGUGUACUGAAAAACCCCCCGAAUGUCCUCCAGGUUAAAUGUACAUAGGCUUUGGGCUGGUUCUGCAGAUAUUCAGCUUCCUGACCAUCCUGCUGGAGAAUAGUGGAGCUCAGAUGAAAUGUGGCUGCAGCUUGUGCUGUGACUAGAAUUUGACGGAACGUCCAUGCCUGUCCUUGGUUUUGCGGCACCUGUGUAAUGUUCACUGGAAGAAAUCCAGGUCCCAAGAGAAAGUUAAGAACCAAAGUUUUUUUUUUGUUUUUUUCCUAAAAGUUAUUCAAGGAACUCAACCAAGACCUGCUUCUUAUAAAACACCUCUUGCUAUACUCCAUUCACAACCAGAGCUGCAUCCACAAUUCUACAAUGGGGCAUGUGUGAAGUUGCAAUAUGUUAAAAGGACUCGGCCCAAAAUAACUUCAUUUGUACAGCGCCAUGAAAUAAAUAACUUAAAGGGGUAGGCCACCUUUUUGGAACCUGCCUCAUGGCCAGACCUGCAAAAGGGAGGCAUACUUACCUGCUCCCUGUUGUCAACAUCCACUUUGACGCUGCUGCAGCCAAUCACUGGUCACAGCGGUCAGCAGCAGCGUCAAAGCAGAUGUGGGUAUUGGGUGACCAGAGCGAGGAGCAGGUAGGUGCGCUUCCCUAUUGCAGGUCUGACCCCUUUAAUAGAUUUCAUUACAAAUCAUUUCUUUGUGUUCUAUGUAGAUUUAACCUGUGAAAUGCAUUUAUAGGUCUGAAUGUUACAGAACUCUCUAUACUUUCUAUGUGGGGAGAACCCGGGCCCGGCUCCUGUCUGGUACCGUUGCUUUGCUCGCUGGUAGUCGUGUAUAUUUUGCAUUAACCGCUGCAUUUUGUAGGCCAAUGCUGAUUAUUAAAAACCGCUGUGGAAUUUAUUCUAAAAUUAAAAAACAAAACAUGA